UGGUCCGGCGGGCGGCGAAGGGGAGCCAUGUCGGCGGCGCAGGGGCGCUGGCCGGAGGUGCGGGACACCUUGGCGUCGCUGGGGCUGCUGCUGGCGGUGGUGCUGUUGUCGGGGCUGGCCCGCGUGGUCGCCCGGCAGCAGCGGCACAGGCCCCGGGUCCACGCCUUCACCUUGGAGUUCCUCGCCACCUUCCAGCUCUGCUGCUGCACCCACGAGCUGCAGCUGCUGGGCGCGCAGGAGUCCGCGCGCCCCUCCUGGAUGCUGACCCUCAUCUACUUCUUCUCGCUGGUGCACGGCCUGACUCUGGCGGGCACCUCCGCCAACCCGUGCGCCGUGAUGAUGCAGAUGCUGCUGGGGGGCAUGUCCCCCGAGAUGGGGGCCGUCCGGCUGUCCGCUCAGCUGCUCAGCGCCCUGUGCAGCAGGUACUGCGUGAGCACCCUGUGGAGCCUGGGGCUGACGGAGCACCACUUCACCGAGAGGAGCUUAGCUUGCAAGAAUCCCAUCCACACCGACGUGCCCAAAGCGGUCGUCACCGAGGCCAUCUGUUCCUUUAUCUUCCACAGCGCUCUGCUGCACAGCCAGGAGGUCUCGAGCAAGCUUCGCAUCCACCUGCUGGCUGCCCUCAUCACCUUUUUGGCUUAUGCAGGAGGAAGUUUAACUGGAGCUCUAUAUAAUCCAGCUUUGGCACUUUCCCUUCAUUUCAUGUGUUUUGAUGAAGCUUUCCAUCAAUUUUUUGUAGUAUAUUGCCUGGCUCCUUCUUUAGGUAUACUGUUGAUGAUUUCGAUGUUCAACUUUUUCCUCCCAUGGCUGCAUAACAGUGGUACAGCUAACAAAAAGGAGUAACCAUUCCAAGAGCCUCAAACUAAGUUACAGGACAAUCAAACUGGAGAUGAUAAAGAUUUUAUCACCUCAGAUUCUAUACACUGGCUGCACUGGACUCAUCAAUGUUUCAACUUCCUUUGAGGAAGCAGUCUUAUUAAAGUCUUUUAUCACUGGGACUUAAAAAAAUACUAUGAAAAUGAGGUACCCUGUAUUUCUCAGUUAAGACUUGGUUGUUUUAAGUGAUGUAUUAAAUGCUGCUAGAAAAGA